ACCAAAUACAAAUGGUAGCGGCUAGUCGUGCUGGAAGGUGUAUGUGUCACUGCACUGGUGGCUUGUUUUAAUGUGCUGACUUCAAUAGCAGGAGAUGCAUGCAAGUAUUGGUUUCAGUUUGGCUUGCAAACCACAGGGGAAGAGGGAAUUCAUGUUACUGACCUAUUUUGUAACAUGACGGCAUAAUAUUGAGACAUUUCCUUCCAUUUUACCUUAUCACGGAUUUAAUUUAUGAGGAAGAGGGAAUCUAGGAUUAUAGUUCCACCGACUGCCAAACAUAAUUCUGAGAAGAAGGAAAUGGUGGAAUGGGAGCACAAGAGCCAAGUAGAUGGAAAAAUGCAUGCCUGUGGACACGAUGCACAUGUCACCAUGCUUCUUGGUGCUGCAAGGAUACUGCAACAAUUCCGGGACAGAUUACAGGGAACUGUUGUUCUUAUAUUUCAACCAGCCGAGGAACAGGGUGAAGGUGCAAAAGACAUGAUCCACGAAGGGGUGCUCGAAAAUGUAGAGGCCAUAUUUGGUUUGCACAUAGUGCACAGGUAUCCUAUUGGUACGGUGGCUGCUCGGCCAGGUGAGUUUCUAGCCGGGUGUGGGAGCUUCAAAGCAACAAUCAGAGGGAAAGGGGGUCAGGCAAUGAUGCCACAACAGUCCAUUAAUCCCAUACUAGCACUUUCUAGUUCUCUAAUUAGCUUGCAGAAUAUUGUUUCCCGAGAGACAGACCCUUUAGAUCCUCAAGUGGUUUCUGUAACAAUGAUUCGAGGAGGAACUGGAUAUAAUGUUAUUCCUGACUCAUCUACAAUGGCUGGUACAUAUAGAGCAUUCAGCAAGAAGAGCUUCUAUGCGCUAAGAAAAAGAAUAGAAGAGGUUAUAAGAGGGCAAGCUGCUGUUCAUCGGUGCUCAGCUGAAAUUGACUUCUUUGGAAAGGAACACCCCACAAUUCCCCCAACCAUAAAUGAUGACAGAAUAUUUGAACAGGUACAACAGGUCUCGAGUAUGAUUGUCGGCAGAGAAAACACAAAAUUAACUCCUACCUUCUUGGGGAGUGAAGAUUUCGCCUUUUACUUAGAAAAGGUACCUGGAUCCUUCCUUUUUUUGGGUAUAAGAAAUGAAAGGACUGGAUCUAUGCACCCUCCACAUAGUCCUUACUUCACCAUUGAUGAGGAUGUGCUUCCAAUUGGGGCAGCAAUACAUGCCACAUUCGCAUAUUCAUACCUCUUAAAUACAACAAAGAAACACACUAUUCAUUUUUAG